AUGAUAAUAAUAAUUAGUAAUAAUAUUACAUUGGUAUCUCAAUCAUCAGCACAAGUUCUACCUAUCUCUUCACCGUUAUCACCAACUAUGGCAACAGGAACAAAAGCUGAUGGAAAGAUCGUUGAAGGUGAAUUUCGAUAUGAUGCUCUUAGGGAUCUCCAAACUUCAAACAAUUAUCAACUAGCUGUCUGUUCCGAGAAUUGUACAAGUGUGACCCCGAAGGUGAUGUAUGAUGCAUCUACUAAUAUAUUCAUCGGAUUCUCAACUCCUCUCGAUCAUGGAGUAUCCGUUACACAAUUUUUUCAAACUGAUUCGUAUGACCAAUUGAAAGAGUGGUUUGAGAAUGAAGAGAAGUCAAAUCUUUUAAACGUUCAUAUGUUAGAACUUCUUACAAUAUCUAAAUCUUCGUCGACUUCAUUUCUUUUAGGAGCUUACAGAAUUACAAGCAAAUUUAACUCCAUUGAUGUUCUUCGUCGUUGGCUGUGGAUCUUUGAACGGUCUCGAAUUUCGAAUAUUCGAAUUCUUGCUUUUUCAGCGGACUGUGAUCCGAAAUAUUUACGUGCUAUGCGUCUCAUUACAGGUUUUUUUGCUAAACUACCUAACAUACCUAUAAGUGAGCGCAACGAUGUGCUAGAACAAUCAAUCGAAACUAAUGCAUGGAUUAGUAAAACGGAUGUUUAUCCAAAAGACCGACAAAACUUUGGUUCUUGUGCUAAAAUUUCAACUGAUGAUGUUUUAUUUCCUCUCAAUAAUGUUUCUGAUUCUUAUGCUACACAAGUUUACUUACGUCUGCUGCGUAGUAUUAUAAUAGCUUAUAUUGAAAAAAGUGCAUCAAUUAUUGAUCGAAUAUAUCAUAGUUGGAUGACAGUAUUCAUUUGCCGCCUUUGGUGGACUGGGUUGCAGUUAACGGAUGAGGAAAAAAUUUCCACGGAACAUCAGGACAAAAAUAAAGCUUUUUUCUUUAUCACAAAAGCUGCUUAUCAUUCUAUUGAAAUCAAUGCACACACAUUACUAUCAGUUGUUAUUCUUGUUUGCCAGCAUGAUCUGCCUGAAUCUGCUCUAUGUAUAUCAAGUUUUAAUUCGCAGACAUGCGAAAAUGUAUUCAGACUAACAAGAUCAAUGCCUGGGACAUUCUCAUCAAAUGUGAAUUUUACUGUCGGACAAUUUCUCCGACGAGCUGGUAAACUUUCAGUAUUGCAAGAUAUUGAAAGAUAA